GGCGAAGAGGCAGGAAGACAGGACCAUGUCGAAGGGCCCCGGGCCCGGCGGCUCCGCAGCUUCCUCGGCGCCCCCGGCCGCUACCGCUCAGGUGCUGCAGGCACAGCCCGAGAAACCGCAGCACUACACCUAUGUUAGAUACUAAAGAAGGCUUCCCCACAAUCCAUUUGCAUCUGCUUUGACUGGUGGUUUCUAUCAACCUACAAAGACUGACUUAUUGGUGAGGGCAGCUGGACAACUCUGAGAGCAACUUAGAGAAAUCCAUCUUGGGCACACUCUAUAAAGGAGCUCCUUCUCUGGAAAUAGCACCCCAGAUAAGUGCACAAAAGCAAGACACCCUCGUGGACCUACUUCCUCCCGCUUUCAACACCCUGAUGCCUGAAGUUUGAAAUCGCAACUAUGGACAGUUAUGGCUAAUCCUAGUACAUUGUCUUCCCUUCUUUUAACAUCUUGGAUGAAUUUGGGGCACACUAAUGUGUUAAGUGAAGAUGGAUGUUGAAUAGAUACUGUGUAGAUUCACACCAGCCAGCCAUCUUUAAAUACCUGCAUGGGCCACAGAGAGAUCUGCGGAGAAAGUGUGAAUGACCCGUGUUCUGGGUCCGUGGAGAUCCUUUGAGAUAAGAAGUGCAUAUUCAGCAAGUUUGAGACUCCUGGAUGUUGGUGGUUGUACUUCACUUUGUCUCUGAAUUGAUAGCCGUUUGUGUAGAAUUUGACAGCAGUAUCAAGAGCUGAUGAGGAAGAGAAGAUGGAAAGGAGUCUAGCGACUUAAAAAUCUCAUAGCAUUCUCUGUGAGGUGACCUUUUUCCUGCUGGGGCUCAACUUAUUUAGGAGAUAAAGAAGAUACUCAGGCCUGUGAUAGUAUCAACAUGUCCUAUCUGAGCUUAUUUGAAAUGUUUCAUCCCUUUCCUUAUUCUUUAUAUUACAAUUUACUUUUUGUGUUCCUAAGUCGACUCAUUUGUUUCCUACUAGUAUUUGAAACACCAUGUGGCCAACAUGAGUCCUAACAAAUUGAUUGCUGAUGAGGAGGGGAAAGGCCCAUGUGCCCACCUUCCGGUGAGAUUUUGGCCUUGUCACAGAACUACCCCCAUGGAGGAGAUGUAGCUAUGCUUAGCAAAGAAGAGGUUGAGAAAAUCUUUUGGCCUGGUGUUUUAUGAUGUAAAAGUUUCAAAUAGUAGUUUUUAUAUGUAUUUUGCAGAAAAAUAUUUGAAUCCACCGUUACUGAACUGUUAAGAGUCAGCAAUGAACUUUACUUCCUCUCGUGGACUUCACCAUGAUAGUCAAUGCCAUGACUUUUUGUUAGAGAAGCUGAAUAUUCUGGCAUGCCCUACUAUACCGUAGUCUGAUGGCUGAACAGUGGUAAAGUUUUCUUGUAAAUUCCUGAGUUCAGGGCUGAUGCUGAAACUUUUCUGAGUGAGAAGAAUGAUUCUCAGCCACUAUUCUUGAAUGUUGAAAAGCUUUGGAAAUUGGCUUUUUUUGCAUACUUGAUAAGGCUAAAAUUGCAAGGCAAACAGCCUCUUUGCAAAUCGUAAGUUGUAGUAAAGUUUCUUCGACAUCUAAUGUUUGAAUCAUGUCAUGUCAAGCUACUUUAUACACUUCAGUUUAAAGGCAAGAUUUCCAUUCCUACACAAAGUUACUGUGGAUGAUUUCUGAACACAAACUACUGUUCCAGCAGUGAUCUUGCUGCUGGAUGUGGAUGCAAAAGAAAUUUCCUUAUUUCAGAAUCCAUUUACCUGGCAACUAAAGAGUUUACAUCAAACCUUCGAUUGGAAGUGAUUAAAAGGCAACUAUCAAGACUCUAAUAGAAUUCUAUAGCUGUCUUCUAAGAGAAGAAUGUGCUCGAUUAAAAUCACGCUUGUGGAAUGGUACCUGAAGGAAUUCCGCACAGAGCAGUGCCCACUCUUCGUGCAGCACAAAUGCACUCAGCACCGGCCCUACACCUGCUUCCACUGGCACUUCGUGAACCAGCGACGUCGCCGUUCCAUCCGCCGUCGGGACGGCACCUUCAACUACAGCCCGGACGUCUACUGCACCAAGUACGACGAGGCCACAGGCCUCUGCCCGGAGGGCGACGAGUGCCCAUUCCUGCACAGGACCACAGGGGACACUGAGCGCAGGUACCACCUCCGCUACUACAAAACUGGAAUCUGUAUCCACGAGACAGACUCAAAAGGCAACUGCACCAAAAACGGCCUGCACUGCGCUUUUGCCCACGGGCCCCAUGACCUCCGUUCCCCUGUCUACGACAUCAGAGAGCUCCAGGCCAUGGAGGCCUUGCAGAACGGCCAGACCGCAGUAGAGGGCAGCACAGAGGGCCAGACAGCUGGGGCUGCGAGCCACGCUAUGAUAGAAAAAAUCCUCAGCGAGGAGCCACGGUGGCAAGAGACUGCUUAUGUGCUGGGGAACUAUAAGACGGAGCCAUGCAAGAAGCCCCCGAGGUUGUGUCGCCAGGGCUAUGCCUGUCCCUACUACCACAACAGCAAGGACCGGCGGCGGAGUCCCCGGAAACACAAAUACAGGUCAUCUCCGUGUCCGAACGUAAAACAUGGGGAUGAGUGGGGAGACCCUGGCAAGUGUGAGAACGGAGACGCCUGCCAGUACUGCCACACGCGCACGGAGCAGCAGUUCCACCCGGAGAUCUAUAAAUCCACCAAGUGCAAUGACAUGCAGCAGUCGGGCAGCUGUCCCCGAGGACCCUUCUGCGCCUUCGCCCACGUAGAACAGCCGCCUCUCGGUGAUGAUCUACAACCUUCUUCAACUGUGUCAAGCCCCACUCAGCCGGGUCCCGUCUUGUACAUGCCAUCUGCUGCCGGAGACUCGGUGCCCGUGAGCCCCUCCAGCCCGCAUGCCCCUGACCUCAGUGCUCUCCUCUGUAGAAACAGCAAUCUAGGAAGCCCAUCUAAUCUCUGUGGCUCCCCCCCGGGCUCCAUCAGGAAGCCCCCGAACCUGGAAGGCAUUGUCUUCCCUGGGGAGUCUGGCCUCGCCCCUGGCAGCUAUAAGAAGGCUCCUGGCUUUGAGAGGGAAGACCAGGUGGGAGCCGAGUACCUGAAAAAUUUUAAAUGCCAGGCCAAGUUAAAACCCCAUUCACUAGAGGCCAGGAGCCAAGAGCAACCUCUGCUUCAACCCAAACAGGACGUGCUGGGCAUCCUUCCCGCUGGCAGCCCCCUGACCUCAAGCAUCUCUUCCAGCAUCACCUCCAGCCUGGCAGCUACUCCCCCUAGCCCUGCUGGCACCAGCAGCGUCCCUGGCAUGAACGCGAACGCUCUGCCCUUCUAUCCCACCAGCGACACGGUAGAGUCCGUCAUAGAGUCUGCCUUGGAUGACCUGGACCUGAACGAGUUCGGGGUGGCUGCCCUAGAGAAGACUUUCGAUAACAGCACAGUGCCCCACCCAGGCGGCAUCACAAUUGGUGGCAGUUUGCUGCAGAGCUCUGCGCCCGUGAACAUCCCCGGCUCCUUGGGCAGUUCUGCUUCCUUCCACUCGGCAUCCCCGUCCCCUCCUGUCAGCCUCUCCUCACAUUUCCUGCAGCAGCCCCAGGGCCACCUGAGCCAGUCAGAAAACACAUUUCUGGGGACCUCAGCAUCACAUGGAUCUUUGGGUCUGAACGGGAUGAAUAGCAGCAUCUGGGAGCAUUUUGCCUCUGGUAGCUUCUCCCCAGGCACUUCCCCGGCCUUCCUGUCAGGGCCAGGGGCUGCUGAGCUGGCCCGGCUGAGGCAAGAGCUCGAGGAAGCCAACGGCACCAUCAAGCAGUGGGAGGAGUCCUGGAAGCAGGCUAAGCAGGCUUGUGAUGCCUGGAAGAAGGAGGCAGAGGAGGCCGGUGAGCGGGCCAGUGCAGCCGGCGCCGAGUGCGAGCUGGCCCGGGAGCAGCGGGACGCACUGGAGGGGCAGGUUAAGAAGCUGCAGGAAGAGCUGGAGCGGCUGCACUCGGGCCCCGACCCGCAGGCCUUGCCCACCUUCUCUGACCUGGAGGCCCUCUCGCUCUCCACGCUCUACUCCCUCCAGAAGCAGCUGCGGGCCCACCUGGAACAAGUGGACAAGGCCGUGUUCCGCCUGCAGUCGGUGAGAUGCCUUAAGUGUCAGGAGCAGAACCGAGCGCUGCUGCCAUGCCAACACGCCGUGCUGUGCGAGCUCUGUGCUGAGGGCAGCGACUGCCCGGUCUGCCAGCCCAGCCGCGCCCACACCCUCCAGUCGUGACCCUGCAGGCCUGGCCCCGGCCCGGCUCAGAUCUUCUUACCUAGGACUUUUUAAAGUAUAUAUAUAUGUAUGUAUGUAUGUAUGUAUGUAUAUGUAUAUGAUUAUAUGUAUACAUUUCUGUACGUGUGCAGGUAUGCGUGGGCAGCAGUGUGUGAACAGUGUCCGUGUGUAUAUCUGUACAUAGAUAUAGACACACACUUUAAAACAGACUUACCAAGCACUUUUUAAAAGAAACUAUUUUGCAGCCCUGCCCUUGCCCACUCUCUCCUUUUCCACCGCAGAGACAAAGGCCCCUCAUUGCCCUCCGUCUUUUUGGCAGGGGAUAUGUUUCUGUCUCUUUUUAAUGUAGGAAAACUAACUAGUUUGAACUUUUUCCUGGGGCCCGAGCAGGAAGCUGAAAGGGGCCAAGGGGAGGAGCCAGGCCUUCAGAGCAGGCCCUGUUCACUGCGCCUCCCCAGGCCAUGGCCAGAGCCAGGGGUGUGGACAUCCCCAGGGCCAGACCUGGUUCCCAGCCACGAGGCUUGAGAAGGGGGGUGUGCUGGGGUCUAAGCCAGCCUAGCUCCUAGGUUUACCAAAUGUGUAUUUAGUCUGGGGUUGGCAGGCCAAAGCUGCAGGGGCCAGCCCUGCUCCCAUGCCUGGGCCCUUGAAGCUCCUUGAGGGGCAAGGCCCGGGAGUUCUACCCCUCAGGUUCCUGAGGCCAGGAGUCCUCCUCAGUCCUCUCCCUCCGGGCCCCCAGAGCAGCCUCCCUGGCCCCAGGACCCCUUACCAGACUGGCACUGCCCUCUUCAUAACCCUCUAGCUGCUGUCAGCGACCCCCUCCCUGCCCUCCCUCCGGCAGCUAGCGGGGCAAAUGGCAGGAAGGAGCUGCGGACUGGGGACCAAGGCGGGGCGUAGGCCCUGCGCUCCUCACCGGGAGGGGCUCCGUAUGCAUUCCUUGGUGCUCUCUUGAGUGCAGCUGACGUCCUGCCCGUUUGGAGCAGACGCCUGUGUACGUGUGUGUGCGUGCCUGUCCAAUGUAUAUUGUGUCUUAGCUUCCAUUUUAAAAAUUGUUCUGUACAGAAAGAUGCAGCGGGGGCGGGAGGGGCAGAGCGGGCGGAGGGAAGCCGCCCUUGUCCCAGCGCUCGGGGUCUGGGGUGGGAGCGAGAGGGCUGUGAAGGGUCUGGCCUGGCCCAGGCUCCCCCUUGGGCUCAGCACGAAAGGGCUUUCAAUGAAUUAAGUGAAAACUUUUUUUACAAAAAUCAAAAAUCAAGCUCCAAACCUAUUGGAAAUAAAAUAUGAACUUACA